GAGGGGCCCGUGUGUAGGCUCUCAGCAUGUAACAAGAAGGAGAGGGGGGGUGGAGCACGAUGACAUGCAGGAGGAUAUGGAGGACGAUGGCGGGCGAGGAGGAGGAUGACGAGAAGCAGGACGCCGAGGCCGAUGACAGGGAGGUGGAGGAUGAUCAGGGGGAGGGGGAGAGGAAGGGGACGAGCGUGGCCAAUACAAGACACAAUGCAAUGUUUCGCCGAUUCAUUGGCGCAUUGACACGUGGCGGACCAGGGGGAAUGCCGCGUCCAAUCGAAGUACAUGCACACGAUCCACUCCGUUAUGUCGGUGACAUGUUGGGAUGGCUGCACCAGGCACUGGCGUCAGAGCGCGAGCUGGCCGCCGCACUGUUCAGCCAUGACACGUCGGUGGAGAAGAGUGCAUCUAGGAGGUUUUCAAAGGAGGGACUGAGUUCAGAUCCAAGCCAAAUGGAAAUUACAGACAUGUCCUCUGUGCUUGACCGGAUUUUCGAGGGCGUCUGUCGGCCAUUCAAAGUGCGUGUGGAUCAGGUGCUGACCUCCCAGCCUGGGAUCGUGCUUGCCUACAAGCUGAGCAAUUUAUUGGACUUCUAUACGCACACGAUUGGAGAGCUUCUUGGGGAGCGUGCUGCACUGAUGGUGACUUUGGCAGAGGUGAGGGACACGUCCGUGCGCGUUUUUUACGACCUCAUGAAAUCCAAGGGAGAAAAAUUGGUUAAGUAUCCUCCCCCGAUCGCAGCCGAUCUUUCGCCGCCGCCUGCCGUGGGCGAAACUGUGUCCCUUGUCCUCGAGCUUCUCGAUGCGUACAAGACGGCGAUGGUUUCCGCCGGCUCGAAACCGGAUUUCGAACCGGUUUUGGCUGCGCUCCUCGACCCUUUGCAGCAGAUGUGUGAACGCGCAGCUGAGGCUUAUGGGGUUAAGACACUGGUCUCUCCGCUCCAGUGGAAAGGAGGUGAUUCUCGCGACUCCUCUGCGCGGCGGCUAAGCGGUCCCAGUCCAGUCGGAGGCCUCGACGGCAGCCGCCAUGCCGGCCAUGCAUCAUCCGACGGUCAAAAUUUCUCCAACUGGCCUAGCCUUCUUCCGGACGAUUCGCUGAAGACUGUCCGGCGGAUCUUCUUGAUCAAUUGUUAUUCGGCGAUCGAGCAUCCUUUGUUACCGUACGACGUAACUGUCGCCCGCACCGAGGCGCUCCGUGCGGUGAUUCAGGAGCAUAUCGCCACGCUUGUCGAACACGAAGUGAAUGUGAUUUUGGACAGAUGUGGCUUGGCGACGAAAGUGGAGAUUAUUCAAGAGAGAAAGGUAGGCGCCGGUCGGGGGAUGACGGGUAGACUUUGCGACGCCGAGGAGAUGUCGGCAGCGGCGGUGGCAGAGUCGGCGCGAUCACUUUUCACAUUGCUGGCUGUCGAGGGAGCGCUCCCCGAGUUUGUCCACAUGCAAAUCCCUCGAUUGCGCGCCGAUGCCUGCAACAAGGUCGCGAGCGCGCUGGCAAAUGCGUACGAAACAUUGUACGACGCAGUGCUAGAUCCGGAGAGUGGGUACAUAGCAGCUGGUCAAUUGCUAAGGCACACGCCGGGUCAGUUGCGAACCAUCCUUGGCAUCUGAUUAAAAAAAAAAAAAAAAUCUAUUUUUUUUUGUCGGUAACAACGGUAAGUGCAGAGAUUUCCAUGAAGAAGAAUUACUUCCGACUCUUCUGAGAAAUCACAUUGAGGCUCGUCGCAAGGAGCAGGAGGGCAGCCAUGGAAUAAGCAUGUUGAUGUUGAUGUCAAGUUGGCAACUUGAUGCCAAGGUUUUGCGACAUGCAGAUGCCGCGCCUGAGUUAUUGCUGGGAGGAAGAGAGCACACACACCACCUCUCCUGUUCUUUUUUUUCUCUCUCUCUCUCUCUGUUUUUUUUUUUUUGUUGGGUAACUGUAGAGUACGUGGUCUGCUUGUUUGCAGCUACAGGGUGCGAAUGCAAAGGCCGCUUGGUUAAGAUAGC